AUGUUAUGCUUCAUUGCUUUAAAAAAGGUAAUAGUGCAAAGGAUACUGCAGACGAGAUUUGCACCGUUUAGGGGAGUGAUACUACAAUUAUUAGAAUCGUUCGAAAUUGGUUUAACAAAAUUAAGAGCUAACAAUUUUGAUUUGAAAGAUGAAGACCGCAGCGGCCGCCCAGCAACGACAGAUACGGACCUCAUCAAGAGUAUGCUCACUGAAAAUCCGCGAUAUGGUGUGCGCGAGAUAGUGGAUGCCACUAAUAUUUCCAGGACAACGGUACAUAGUCAUUUAAUCAAGAUGGGAUAUGUGAAUCGAAGCUUGUCACUGGAGAUGAGACUUGGAUUUUAUAUCAAAAUGUGCAUCGAAAACGCAGUUGGUAUAAGGAAAAUUGAUCUUCAACUGUUGCGAAGCCAGGACUUCAUCCGAAGAAAGAUCUUAUGCAUUUGGUGGGACUGGAAAGAUGUAAUACAUUACAAGCUCCUUCCACAAGGUGAAACGAUCAAUUUUGCAAAAUAUUGCAUUCAACUCGAUAAAUUGAAAGUCGCCAUAGCCAAAAAACGGCCAGAAUUGGUGAACCGACGAGGUGUCGUUUUUCAUCACGACAACGCAAAACCGCAUGUUGCGUUGGCCGUAAGACAGAAAUUCUUAAUUUGA